UGGGCAGCAGGGAGAGGCUGGAAUUUGAAUAGAACAAAAGAGAAGUAAUUGAGCUCUUGAGUCUGAUGUCUCAAUAAGCCAGGACUGAGUCUGGAACCCCCAGGCCCCUGCUGGCAAGAGGCUGCUAUUUCUGGGACAGGACCAGGCAAAAAUAGGAAGGUAAGAUUUCUUGGGUCUUUUUCUUGUUUGACAGCAGCAACCUGGCACCAAAGAACUUUAUCUUCUCUUAUCUUUCCGCCUUAUCCACCCCAUCCUUCCGCCCUGUCUCAUCUCCCUGGGUAAAGCAGCCCUCACCUCAGCAUCCCAAAGGUACCCCAGUAGCACCCAGCUCCUCACUCUGGAUGUGACUGUCCUAGCCAAGACUCAUCCUCAGCCAGCAGAGCUUGCUUUAAGGAUCCAUACCCAUCAAUUUUUCCUGAUAAGACAGGCAGGCUAGGGCAGGAAGGAGAGAGGGGAAGAUGAAGGCAAGUUGGUGCUGGCCUGCCCUCUGCUCCCACCCCACCCACAAUCCCUAUGAGAAUUUGUGUGUGAUUGAAUGAUUGUGAAGACACAACUAUGUGGGAGUAGGACUUCAAGUAGAACUGGGGCUAUGUGAUUCUGUCUCUGGACAUAAGGUUGACUGAGUGAUUGAGGUGUGACUGUGACUGUGGGUUUGUGAGUGUGAAUGUCGAUUCCUGGACAUGUGGAUACUUAGGUGCCCUUACUCAGUCACUGUACCAUCAGUCUUCAUAUCAGGCACUACCCCUCUCUCCAGCUUCUCUGUCCAGGGCUUAGAAGCCAAGCGAAAUGGCAGUCCUGGAAGAGGAAGGGGUCUGUGGCAAUUAGGGCCCAGGAAUGUCACAGGAUGAGCAAUACAUCUUCAUCUGCCUCUGACUCACCUGGUGCCCCAGGUAAAAGGCACCAGAUAAAAGGUAGGGGAGAAGGAGGAGGAGAGAGAGAAGUACCCAGGCUGAGCAGCAUGAAGGGGCCCUCAUCCACAAGCAGCCUCCUGCUGCUGCUGCUGUUGCUGCUGAGCCCAGACCCUGGAGCAGCACUGCCACUGCCAACCAGCAUUACCUGCUGUACUCAGCUCUACCGCCAGCCACUCUCGAACAAGCUACUGAGGAGGGUCAUCCGGGUGGAAGUACAGGAAGCUGAUGGGGACUGUCACCUCCAGGCCUUCGUGCUUUACCUGUCUCGACGCAGUGUCUGCAUCCACCCUCAGAACCGCAGCCUGGCUCGGUGGUUCGAGCGCCAAGGGAGGAGGCUCCGGGGGACUCUGCCUAACCUGAAUUUGGGGCUGAUAGGGAAAAUGGGCCAGGGCCCCCAGGAGCUGGAACAAUAAAGCAGCACUGGACAACAGUC